CUUUAAGCUAUAAGCACUAAGUAGUAAGCUAUAAAACUUAACCUGUUACAUCAAGUAGUCCACAACAUUCAUGGACAUAAUCUUUAAGGCGUGGUGCCAUGCAUAGUGCUGAUCAGGCAGCGGAAGGUUAUGUGCAACAUAGCAGCAUUUAAACAAAUUAUGAGACCAAUAGUACGAACAUCAUUAUUACUUAUGCUCUGUGCGGGUAAUACAUACUUAUUAAAUGUUAUGAUGUAUUUGAGAAAGAAAAUUCAAAAGCGUCGUUGGUGGGUGCAUCCCUUCUAUCGUGAACGUGCACAAGUAGGAGCGUUUGAAAAAACAUUUAUAAAAUACAAGAAUAAUGACCAUGAAAAGUUUUUUAAACUAACAAGAAUGACACCGAAUCAAUUUGACGAACUCCUGGGAAUGAUAUCUUUUCGUUUGCAAAAGAACAGUUAUCGAGACUAUCUUACUCCUCAAUUUCGUCUAGCUUUCACAAUUUGCUUCCUGGCAUCAGGAAACACAUUGCCACAUCUUUGUGAAUAUUGGAAAAUAGGGAAAUCAACUGGCUACGCCAUCAUCGAAGAAACAUGCGAGGUCAUUUGGGAGACACUAAAAUCUAUACAUCUUGCUACACCAAAUGAGGAACAGUGGAAACUCAUUGCAAAUAAAUUUGACGAGCGAUGGAACUUUCCUCACUGUUUGGGAGCCUUAGAUGGCAAACAUAUUCGGAUACAGUGCUCCCCACGAAGUGGUUCUAAUUUCUUCAAUUAUAAACAGUAUUAUAGUAUGGUUCUGAUGGCAAUUUGCGACGCAAAUUAUUGUUUUACGUGGAUAGAUAUAGGAAGCUAUGGUUCACAUCAUGACAGCAGUAUUUUUACUGCUAGUGCCUUUGGCUAGGCAUUAUAGAGAGGUACUCUGAAUUUACCUCCACAGUCUCGAGUGGAAGGAUGGAAUAAAGAAUGGCCAUACAUUUUUAUUGCAGACGAAGCGUUUCCACUUCGAACAGAUCUCUUGCGACCAUACUCAAGAAAAAAUAAUUUAGGAAAAAGAGAAAAAGUUUUCAAUUAUAGAUUGUCCAGGCCGAGGAACAUCAUUGAAAAUGCUUUUGGCAUAUUGGCAUCAAGGUGGAGAGUGUUGCGAACAUGCUUAAGCAUGAAGUUAAAAACGGUAGAAAGUAUUGUACUCUCUACGAUAUGUCUUCACAAUUUUCUCAUGAAACGGGAAGAACACAUAGCUGGAUUCAAACAGUAUUGUCCUCCCUCCUACAUUGACCAAUAUGAUGAAGACGAUAAUAUUACACCAGGAGAAUGGCGCAAUAAUAUAAUGACUCAAAAUAUACAACCACUGCAUAGAAUAGGAGCAAAUAGAGCAACAACAGAUGCAAUUGCAUUGAGAAAUAAUAUUGCUGAAUAUUUUUUAAGUAAUGUAGGUCAAAUUCCCUGGCAGUGGGCUAGAAUACAU